AUGCACCACGGCAAACACUUGCGUCGUCUUAACCGUACCUCUGGACACAGAAACUCACUGCUUAGAAACAUGGUUUCUUCUUUGGUCGAGCAUGGCCGUAUUGAGACCACUGUUGCCAAGGCAAAGACCAUUCAACCCAUUGCUGAUUCCAUUAUUACCCUUGGCAAAAAGGGUGAUGUUGAAGCCAAGAAGCAGGCCCUUGCUUACCUCAAUAGCCGUGAUAUCACUAUGCCCAAAUUAUUUGACGAACUUGCUCCUCGCUUUGCCAACAGACAAGGUGGAUAUACUCGUAUUCAAAGAAUCGGUAAACGUUACGGAGACAAUGCACCCAUGGCUAUCAUUGAAUACAUUGAUGGGCCCUCAGACACCUUGAGAGAAACAGUGACCAGCACACUUGCACGUAAAUUUUCAGAGACACAAAAGGUAUCUGUCAAGGAUAUCCUCGAAAGCAACAACAACAAAGCUCAAGAACUCGGCUUACCAAAGACACUUGUACGUAACUUGAAGAAGAUUCAAUUCGCAAAUUCAUUAGAGAGCAUUGAUCAAGCUAUCGAGAAGAAGAUGGGAAAUUUAUAA